AUGGAUAUUAUGGACGCGCCGUCCUGCAGCAAACAAACCAAAUCAGAAAAAGAUGUAAGAUUUAAAGCAAAAAAAGAAUUAUCCUUAAGUUCUUUGAUUUUGUGGAAUAUAGAGAAGGUGUUCGAGAAAAAUUCUUCAAUUGAUUUAAAGGAGGCAAUAAAUAACGCAUACGAGAGUUUGUGUCGAGAUUGUGAUAUUAAAGUGAUGCUAUCCCAGCGUCCAGAAGAUCAGCAUCUCGCCUGUGCUGUAUUGGCUUGGCAACGGCUGGGGCAUAGUCGCGUUGAAAGCCUAUAUCAGUUUAUACAUGAGAAUCGAAGGAAAAAUGAAUACAAUAAGGAGAAAAAGAAGUUGAUAUUUAAAGAUAACCAUUGUUAUCAAGGGAUAGAUAUCUCUGAAUGUAGUAAAGGCGUGGAUUCUGCGAGCUUUGGCACUUCGCCUGUAAUCGGUCCGGUAGUGAGGCUGCCAGUGGAAACGAAAAUCGUGAUGCGCGCGGAAAAUCCUUGUGCACGUCAUCAACCUAAAAAGCCACAAAAAAACCAAAAGGACAUAAUGAACAAAAUUGAUGCUGCUUGCUGCAUGGACUCUGCGUGUAUACAACGUUUAACAGAGCUGGGUGCGACGACGGAAGAUUUGAGGAAACGAGCUGCAAGACUGGCUCGUCGGGAGGCGGAGAGAGUGGAACUGCUCGAGCGGGCCGAGGCAGCCUGGAAGGAUCUAGAAUCUGGCUAUCAGAGGCGACUGAAACUCGCUGAAGAGAAGGAAGAGGACAUAUCUAAACGAAUCAAUAAGCUAAUCGAAGAUCGUAACACGUACAAGAGCGCAACAACAGCGCUGGCGCAGAAACUAAAGGACAAAGGCAAUGCGGCGGAGAAGGAACGCUGUCGUCUCACUCAGUUGGAAAAGGAAGUGUGUAACAGGGCUUGCGAGCGGCUCAGGUUGAGUGAGCAAGCGGCGCAGGGGGACGCGGCUGUGGCUGAGCAACAGUGUAGAGCUGUGCAGUUGGAUAGGGAGCUAAUGUAUAAGGAAGAGCAAGCUCGCCGCAAAGUUUUAUCUUUGGAGAGCGAAGUCGAUUCAACUCGUGGCCUUACCAUUGAGGCGGAACGCGCGAUGCGCUCAGAACUGUCCGCCUUGAAAGAACAAAUAACUGAUGUCUCCAAACAGUUGUUGCUUGAAGAAGCUGAUAACAACCGUAUUAAGGCUGAACUAGACGAUUUGCGGCAAGAAAAAGCGGAAAUUAUUCAAGACCUAGAUGGUUGUAAAGACAUGUGCGACAAUCGAAUGCAAGGCAGAGUAGAUGAGUUAAAGAAAAAAGUGGAUCAAUUGAUGGAGCUUAAGAACAGAGUGAUCGAGUGUCAAUGCAAGUUGCCUCUUGACGUUGCUGUGGAGGUGAAGCGUACGCCAUCUCUCGCUGCUCUGUGUCAUUGUAUACCUGAAGAUAAGAUAUUGGAUUCGUGCUCUUGUACGUCACUUCGCAGCCAACUUCUAUCAAAUUUGCUGUCCGACCUAUUUAGUGGUCUGCAAUCAGAGCUGAACGGGACUGGAAGCUCCAUGCCUUGUCAGCUGCUUAAGUGUUUAGAGGACCGGCACAAUUGGGAUCGUGCGACUAUUGUCAAGGCAAAUUUGCGGAAUUUCUUUUCGCAAUUACUCAUCGGUGAAUUAGAUAUCGCUAUCGCUACCUCAAUCGAGAAAUAUCAUGCGAAGUGGAUAGGAGCAAGCUGUGCCGAUCAAGCGAGGAUGAUUCCUGAUCCAGGUGAAGAGGAGAAUGAAGGAUGGCAGGAGCGUGCUAUAGAACGGCGAGCGCAAAAGCUGGCUACAGAGCUGGCCGAACAGCUGUUUCAGGAGAGAGCGGACAGGUUAACGCAGAGAGCCAAAGACAUUAUGACUUCUGGACCUCCACCGUGCGAAUGCAAACCACAGCACAAUGCAGCUGUAUAUCCUUGUCUUGUGAAAACGCCGAUUCCACCAAGUUCGUCGCGCAAAAAUAAUGAGGGCUCAUCGAAUUAUUUGAAGCGCACUAUACAGGAUGUUACUAAUCUCAAAUAUCAAAUAGAGGAUCUUAAAAAGGAUGCAAUUAAAAAGGCAGAUUUGCGGCAAAUGGAAGAAAAAAUUACUAAAAUAAUACAACGUGCUUCGAAAAAAGACAACAAACAGAUAUCGGUAAAUAGUCCAAAUUCGCCUAUGAAAUAUGAAGAAGAUAGCAAAAAUAAAUUGAAUACAUUGAAAAAGAACGUUUCCGUAGAAAGAUUAACGAAGAAAAAACAGUUGGACAUAAACUCUUCAAAGAAGACCAAUAAGCUGUUGAUAUACAAUCAAAGUGGUCGAAUAGAAAAGUCUGCAAAUAAGUUUACAAAUAAAAAGAAAGAACAGUCUUUGGCUGUCAAUUUAUGUUUAUGUGCGGAACAAACAGAUAAGGCACCAAAAGUAAGUCACAUUUCAGCGUCAAAUUGGAACCGAAAAGUGAUGAAUACAACUACCCAAGUAUCUUCUAGUAUAAAAUUGUCAAAACCUGUAACACAAAUAUCUCUGUCGCGGAUAUCAGAUAAUAAAACUGAUUCUAAGAAAAAAGAAAAAAAUAAACCUUGUCCAAGUGAAUGCAUAUGCUUGCAUAAAAUUCCAUCCAACACCUCCAUAGAUAGACUAUUAGAAGUAUUAAAAAAAUGGAAAUUUAAUAUAGACGAUUGUCCACUAUUAAACGGAAUAGAGAAAAAAUCUACUCAUUUUACAAACACAAAUAGUACUAUUGAAAACAAUUUAGAGCAAGUCAAUUAUUUUACAAAACCUUUAGCCGAGAAAUUAGCCCAUAAUUUAUCAAAUAUCCAAACUAAUGAUGAAACCUUUAAGUCUUUGAUGACCAAUAGGAUAAAUCCUAAAAAGUCAAAUGAAUUUUUACCUGUAGUCAAUUCCGAGUAUAUGGCUACAAUUAAUCUUGAUAAAAGUAAUAACAAUUGCAUCUGUACCCAAAAUAUGACAAAACAAAAUUUGAGCGAUGGAAAUGUAUCAUUACGAAAUUUUAAAUGCAUUAAUACAAGUUCGUGUCAAUGUGUAGAAAGUGUAGAUCAAAAUAUCGUACAACAACAAAAUUUUAGUCAAACAACUUACGAAAAGGAAUCUCAAUUAUAUUCUGUGAAGCUCCCCAGUUCAGAUUAUGCAAAAAGUAGCAUGAGAAAUGAGGAAACAUAUGUCGGACAAAAUGGUUCAUUUGUAAGUAAAAUUGUUAAGGAUUCAAAAUUAUUUUCAUUUGAUUGUGACUAUGAUAUAAAAUUCUUGGGAGCAACUUUAUAUGAUGUUCAAAAGAAUACGGAACCAACAUUGAAUAGGAGUUUGCAUAAGAAUAGUAUACUAUGCAAUAAAACGAAAAAUUUUGCACAAGAUUUGGUUGGAAAUUCAAAUUUAGUUCAUAGCAAUAUCUAUAGCGAUGUUGAUCAUAUAAACCAAGAGCCUAAAGUUAAUUUCAAUGUCACUUCCAAAAUUGAAAAUGAUGUAAAAAGUAGUUCUAGCAUUGCAAAAAACCAUCAUACUUCAAAUCAAGAAAUGAUUCUACCGAAUGUUUUAGAGGAAGUAAGCAACCUCAUUGAUAAUGAUUUUGAGAGAUUAAAAAAAUUAUGUAUAUGUGAAAUAAAAUCAUCUCCAACAAAUGAGAAUCCAACUGAUGUUAAGAAUAAUAAAACCAAUGUUCAUUUUGAAACACAAGAAAAUUUUCAGGACCAAUUGCAUUGCAUUAAAGAAGAUACUUCCAUAUCAGCCAAUCCUGUUAUGAUAAACAAGUCGUGUAGUGCAUUUGAGAAUAUUCCAGCUUACGUGCAAAUGGUAGAAAAAGUUACUUCUUGCAAAAUUAAUUCUCUUUACGUGACUGAUUGCGAUUGUCGGUAUACAUUAACGGAACCACACGUAUUAGGCGAUAGUAUAAGCAUUAAUCACAAAUCUAAAAUGUAUAAUAAUAAUAAUAGUGAGUAUUGUGAUAAUAACUCUGGAAAAUCAUCAAUUCGUUCGGAAGAAAUUCUAAACGACUUUGAACGAAAUUUGCCAUACAUUGGUUAUACGUUAAAUUGUUCCUGCGACCAUUUUGGCUGUGUAUGCACGAAAUCUCAACUGGAAACGAAUGAUGAGAAAAUUAAUUUUAUCUGGAAUUCGCUUCAAAAUGAUAUUCAACCCAAAAAAUUAUCUUACAUCAUGCGCGCAAUACCGAAAGCGAGGUCUGAGCUCAUAAAUAUUUCUGAAAAUUAUGUAAAAUUUAAUUAUACUGAUAUGUGUAUGGAAUCUAGAAAUAAUGACGAUAAAAUUCAAGAUACUAAUACUUCACCUAUUAUUAAUACUUUAGAUGUUUGCUUAACUCAGACUAGUAUUCGCGAGGAGGAAGGUUUGGCUUUAAAGAAUUCAUUUAAAAAUAUUAAAACAAGUAAUAUGGACACAAAUACAAUCCAUAAUUCAGGGUAUAACAAGCAUGACGACAUAGAACCUUCAUGCCAUUCCAGCUUUGUUACAAUUCCUAACGCUUGUGACGAAGAUGAUAUAGAAACUAAUAAAAACACACUUUACAAUUCUUUAUUUUUGCCAGUUGAUAGCACACCAUCACAUAAUAUUUUAGAAAGUAGUGACAUAACCUUAUCAAGGUCUGGGUCGCAAUGCGAUUGUAACAUGGUUCCUAUUUGUCACGUGAAAAUGCUUGUUGAAAAUAUUGAAAGUAAUUUGAAGAACCGAAACCAAAGAGAUAUCGAAGAAAAUGAUCUCAUUAUUCCAAAUAAAUACUACGAUUCCAUUCGACUUGGUGACAAAUUAGAAAGGUGUUGGUUGGAGGAAUACGACAGAGCAAAAAAAGCUGGUCGCGAACCAUCAGUAUGGCGGGUUAUUAUUAAGAAUUUUUGGCUCGACUAUGCACCAGGAGCCAUUUUGCUAAUCAUAAAUACAGCAACAAGGACCAUACAACCACUGCUCUUUACACCGUUGCUAUCGUAUUGGUCAGUAAAUGCAACAAUUACACAAGCGGAAGCCGGAUACUACGCACUUGCAAUGAUAGCAUGCAACUACAUUGGUAUAAUGGCUCAACACCAUAAUACUCUAUUUGUUAACCGUUUCAGUUUAAAAUUGAAAAUCGCCUUCUCCGCUGUAAUUUACAGAAAGGUUUUACGAAUGAGUCAACUCUCGUUGGGUCAUGUUGCUGCCGGAAAAUUAGUCAAUAUCUUAUCAAACGAUUUGGUGCGAUUCGACCAAGCUUUUAUGUUCUUACAUUAUCUAUGGUUGGUCCCAAUACAAGUUGCCGUAGUGUUGUAUUUGCUGUAUGAUCUUGGAGAUUUUGCCCCGUACGUGGGACUUUUCGCCGUCGUAUUAUUGAUAUUACCUGUACAAGCUAUUCUGACGAGACUUACUGCAAGUAUAAGGCGCAAAGUAGCACAAAGAACUGACAGAAGGAUUAAAUUGAUGAGUGAAAUUAUAAACGGUAUUCAGGUCAUCAAAAUGUAUGCAUGGGAGAAGUCAUUCCAAAAACUUGUAACAUUAGCUAGAGAAAUCGAAGUGAGUGCUUUAAAGAAGUCUCUUUUCGUCCGAAGUGUAUUCUUGGGCUUUAUGAUGUUUGCUGAACGGACGACGCUGUUUAUUACAGCUCUCACCCUCAUAUUGACUGGAAAAUUACUGACUGCCACUAUCUUGUACCCGAUAAAGCUGUACUUAAACUUAAUUCAAAUGAAUUUGACGUUCAUUUUGCCGCUGGCCAUUGCUAGCUUAUCCGAAUUGGGAGUAUCUCUGAACCGUAUAAAGGAAAUUCUCGUUAUGGAUGAACGAGAAGACUUAUCAAUUCUGCCAAAAGAGAAAUAUAAAUCACGACUAUCUAUUAUGUCAGGUAAAUCUGAAGGAUACGUAGUUGAACUCGACAAUGUUAGUGCGACUUGGGCUGAGGCAGAAAAUGCCAGUUCUCCAUUUAAGCUGCAAAAUAUUUCCUUGCGGCUGCGUAAAAACAAACUUUGUGCAGUUAUUGGAUCUGUAGGCUCUGGCAAGUCUUCUUUACUACAAGUUCUUCUACGAGAAUUGCCAGUAGUGAGUGGAAAAUUGAGAAUAAACGGAAGCGUUUCCUAUGCAUGCCAAGAGUCAUGGCUUUAUCCUGCUACAGUUAGAGAAAAUAUUACUUUUGGAUUGCCCUACGAUAAACAAAAAUAUAAUGAGGUUUGCAGAGUCUGUUGUUUGCUACCAGAUUUUAAACAAUUUCCAUAUGCUGAUUUAUCUUUAGUGGGCGAACGCGGGGUUCAAUUAUCGGGAGGGCAGAGAGCCAGAAUCAAUUUGGCAAGAGCCAUUUAUAGAGAGGCCGAUAUAUACCUAUUAGAUGAUCCUCUAUCAGCUGUAGAUGCUAAUGUUGGUCGACAACUAUUCGAGGAGUGUAUUCUAGGUUACCUUCGAGGACGGACUUGUAUAUUAGUAACACAUCAAAUACACUUCAUCAAAGCUGCCGACACAAUUGUUGUUUUAAAUGACGGUGCUAUAGAGAAUCAAGGGUCGUUCAAUGAUUUGAUAAAAUCUGAAAAAGAACUUUCUUCGUUGUUAACGUCGCUUGAAAGGAACCCGGAUGAAGAGGAAGUUACCAAGGCUAUCGAAGAGCCCAAAAUAAUUCGCGGCAUGUCAAGAGUAUCGGUGCGAAGUGAGGAGGCAUCUAAAAUAAUGAAAGAACAAAUUUUGGAGGCCGAAGAGAGAGCUAAGGGCAAUUUGAAGUGGGAAGUGAUAAUUAAAUAUUUACAAAGUAUACGGUCAAGCUUCUGGAUAACUAUGACACUCUUUUCUCUUUUGCUAACCCAAGCAGCGGCGACAUUCUUCGACUAUUGGCUGAGUUACUGGACAAAUGAGGUUGAUGCAUAUGAGCAAAGCUUAUUGCCAGGCGAGGUAGGAGACCCUGGGCUAGACGUACAGAUGGGGCCCUUAACAACAGGACAGCAUUUAAUACUUACUGGAUGUACAGUUGUAUUUAUUGUGAUAACGACACAUACAAGAAUUGGUGCUUUCGUUGUAGCGGUCUCUCGAGCUUCAAAAAAUCUUCACAAUGAUAUGUUUCAAAAUCUAAUUAAGGCUGUAAUGAGAUUUUUCGACACGAAUCCAUCAGGUCGAGUUUUGAACAGGUUCUCCAAGGAUAUGGGAGCCAUGGAUGAAAACUUACCUCGGAGUUUUUUGGAAACAAUACAAAUGUAUUUGUUUGCGUUAAGCGUGCUGGUAUUAAAUGCUACUGCGCUGCCUUGGACACUUAUACCGACUGUCAUCUUACUCGUCAUAUUCUUAUUCCUAUUUAGAUGGUAUCUGAAAGCAGCUCAAGCCGUUAAACGAUUGGAAAGUACAACAAAAAGUCCCGUAUUUGGUAUGCUCAGUUCUACAAUCACCGGUUUAUCCACCAUAAGAAGUUCAAAUUCGCAAGAUAGAUUACAAAAAAUGUUCGAUGAUGCCCAGGAUCUCAACACAAGCGCAUUUUUCUCAUUCCUCGGUGGGUCUUCCGCGUUUGGAAUGUACUUAGACACAAUUGGUCUGGUAUAUUUGGGCGUUAUAAUAGCAGCCUUCCUCUUCAUAGAUUUUGGUGAUGCCAUACCUGUAGGCAGCGUGGGUCUUGCUGUCAGUCAAUCGAUGUCAAUGACCUUUAUUUUGCAAAUGGCUGCUAGGAUUACAGCAGAUCUUUUAGCUCAUAUGACCUCUGUAGAACGUGUACUUGAAUACACCAACCUACCACCUGAAGAAAAUAUGGAAGAUGGACCAACUCAGCCUCCGGAAGUUUGGCCAACACAAGGAAAUGUGGAAUUUGAAAAUGUUUACUUACAAUAUGGCGAGGAAGACCCACCAGUGCUGAAAGAUCUCAGUUUCAACAUACAAGGUGGUUGGAAAGUCGGUAUAGUGGGCAGAACUGGUGCUGGUAAAUCAUCGCUAAUAUACGCUUUGUUCAGACUCACAACUAUCGAAGGGAAAAUCAAAAUUGAUGGCUUAGAUACUCACGGCAUAGCGAAAAAUGUACUGCGUUCUAAAAUUUCAAUUAUUCCACAAGUGCCAGUGUUGUUCUCGGCAACAUUAAGGUACAAUUUGGAUCCGUUUGACACAUACAGUGAUGAAGAAAUUUGGAGAGCUUUGGAACAGGUGGAAUUAAAAGAUGCCAUACCAGCUCUGGAUUAUAAAGUAACCGAGGGUGGUUCUAAUUUCUCGGUCGGUCAACGACAACUGCUAUGCUUAGCGAGGGCCAUCUUGCGCUCUAAUAAAAUCCUUGUUAUGGACGAAGCAACGGCUAAUGUCGAUCCACAAACGGAUGACCUGAUCCAAAAAACAAUAAGAGGUAUAUUCUCUUCAUGCACUGUGCUAACAAUUGCUCAUCGUCUGAACACUAUCAUGGAUUCAGACCGAGUCGUGGUCAUGGAUAAAGGGCAUGUUGCGGAGUUUGACCAUCCGUACAUACUGCUCAAUAACCCCAAGAGUUUAUUCAGCUUUAUGGUCAACGAAACUGGUGAAAAUAUGAGCAAAGUCCUGUUCGAAGUUGCCAAAGCCAAAUAUUUUAGUGAAAAUGCCACUGCUGUCUCCCGAGAAGCCAAGAAAGAUAUGUAAUCAUUGAAGUGAUUUCAGUAUUCGUACAUUAAACGUGCAUUUGUAAGC